CUGUCGAAAGGACCAACUAUAUUUUGACCCUUUGUUUUAUUUAUUUUUAAUACUUCUUUCAAGCACACAAUCAGUCCUGCCUUUGGCGUGGUGACCAGUUGCCGUUUCUCGUGGCCCGUCGGACUCGGAGAAAACUUCCCCGGAGCCUCGAGCUGGCCUUUUCGGUCACUUUGUGUACGUCUGGGGUUCCUCUCUGGACUUCACCUCUAUUUCUCCUCCCACCUCUACCCCCUCCCCAUCACCUCACCUCCGUUUUCUUUUUUCUUUCCCUUCUCCCCCCUUUCUAUUUCCUUUCGGGGCUCCUGCUUCUGGGUUUAAUUCAUCCUGGUGCUUGGUCCAGCUUCCCCAGAUUUCUCACACAUACCGGUCCCCCCCCCAUUCUCUCCGGGGAAUUGCCCUCAGCCAAGUUGACAACUCGGGCAUCGGAUCCUUCCCCAUCUUCAAUUAGCAAGGUGACUACUCAAUCUUUCUGAUUGAAGGCAGCUUCCCUGCACAGCCCCAUCGCCGUUCUGUCGCCCGUUCUCUCUCUCGUCUACCGCUCAACUCCCCUCGCUCACCAUGGCUGCUGAAGCAUCGACCGCCACCAACGGCGCUUCCAAGUCUCUCGCCGCUAUGCUGGAGGAGCAACACGCCCGCGAUGAGUCUCACAAGCCCACCGUUGAGGAAGUUGUGGAUGAGGAGGACCUCAAGCACCCUCCCCCUUCGGCGACUGCGGACAACCAAACCUUGCCCCCUGUCCUGUCCCCAGCCGACGAGUCCUUGACCCCCGCCGAGACCGUCCCACUUGCCGCGAAACCCGCACCCAAGAAGGCUCCUGCAUUUGAUGUACAAUCGGAGGAGCUGUUCCCUGCUCUCGGCAGCGGACCCAAGCCUGCUGCUCCCGCGGCGGCUACGUGGGGUGCGAAGAAGCCCUCUGCCGCUUCGGCUGUCGCCAAUGGUCGCCCAUCUCAGCCAAUGGAUGUCCCUCGGGUCAUGUCCCUCCCCGGAAAGCACAUGGAGCAGCUCCGACUCGCCCCAUCCCAGAUGCAGCCCCGCGGGCAGCUGAAGAAGCCCAUCAGAGAUAUCCUGCGCGAUAUCUCUCGGCGAUCCAAGGCUACCGUUGAUAUGCGCGGUGGCCCUGGUGGCUCGAUCAUCUUCGAAGGCAAGGGUUCUGUAGAUGCUGUUCGUCAGGCACUCAAGGAAGUUGCGCAGCAGGUCGGAUCUAAGCAAUCCGUUCGCGUUCCUAUCCCUACCUCCGCACGAGCCCACAUCAUUGGCCGCCAGGGCUCCGUAGUCCAGGAUAUCCAGACCCGCACGGGUGCUCGUGUGCAAGUCCCCCGUGCCGACGACAACGGUGCUGCCCAGGAGGAUGAUGACGAUGAUACUAUUGAUGUCUUGAUUGAGGGUGAUGCGGUGGCUGCUGAGAUGGCGCGCCGCGAGAUCGAGGCGAUUGUGAAGGAACGGGGCUCGAACAUGAGCCUGCGCUUGAAGACGAUCCCUCCAGAGUUCUUCCCCUUCAUUGCUGGUGCCCACGAUGCGCAAUUGCGAGAAAUUGAGGAGCGCACAAAGGCUCAGGUCAACGUGCCCCGCUACGACACAUGGUCCACCCAGCCCCCUCCCCAGGAGGCCAACCCCGGCCACGUGCAGUUUGUCCCUUGCGCUGACAAGCACAUUCUCAUCUCCGGAGAGCGCGCCGCCGCACAAGAGGCCCGUGCUGAGAUCGAGCGCCUGGCCGCUGAUCUUCAGCGCAAGCUGACCCUCCGCCAGCUCGCAAUCAACCGUGGCCAGCAUCAGUUCAUCCUCGGAAAUGAGGCUGAUGCUCUGCACCAGUUCCUCGCGCAGACUGGCUGUGGUAUUGUCCUUCCUCCUGACAAUGAUGAGAGCGAGUUCCUCACCAUCACUGGACCCCUGGAUCAGAUUGAGGCCGGUAUCAACCAUGCCAUGGAUCUUGCUACCAGCAUGCAGAUGGCGAGCAUUGACCUGUCCCGCCAGCAUCCCAAUGCCCCUGCUGGCUCAAAUGCCCACGCCCGUGCUCUGACCCAGUAUCUCCGCCACCGCCGCAUCAUCAGGCAGCUUGAGGCCGCAUAUGACGCCCGAAUUGCUCUGCCCCCGAGCAUUGAUGGGCCCGUCACUUGGGAGGUCUACUCUCGUGAUGGCAAGAACACUAUCCGUGCCCGGUCUGACAUUAUGAACCUGGUCCAGGCUCAUCCUCCCUCGCGUCUCCGUCACGUUCCGGUUGACCCUUACUAUCACCCGUACCUGCGUUCUCGCAGUGCGUCCAAGCUCCAGGAUGACUUUGGUGUUCACUUGAUGGUUCCCGAGGACAUCAACAGCUCCGAUGUGGUCCUUGUCUACGAGGGCCCGUCCGCUUCCGCGGCCAACUUUGAGGUUCCCAGGCAACGUCCGUCUCCGGCCGAAAUCGCGGCCUUUGAGAAGUCGCUGCAGGAGGCUCAGGAGUACCUGCUAAGUGCACUUGGAGACCAGCAAAAUAUUGUCACACAGAGUGUCUCUGUUCCUGCCAAGUACCAAGAGAAGACCCGCAAGUUCCUUCUCCGCGAGCAGGAAUCCAAGGACCAGGACAGCAUCCCUGUUCGUGCUCUCGUUGGCGAUGCCAAGGAUGGAGUGUGUGAGGUUGCGCUCCGUGGACCCACCGAGUCGGUUGUUGAUCUUGCCGUCAAGCUGGGUGCCUUUGUCGUAGAGCAGGAGCAGGACGACUUGGAGCGUGGAUAUACCACCUCCUUCGAUUUCCCUCAGAAGUAUGCUAACUUCCUGAUUGGCAAGCGCGGUGAGAACAUCAACAAGCUGCGUGAGGAGUUUGACGUCGACAUCAAGGUCGAGAACGGCAAGGUUGAGGUCAAGGGUCCCAAGGCCAAGGCCGAUGCUGCUCGCAUGCGCAUCAUCAACCUGGGUAAGAAGCUGGAGGACGAGACUACUCACAUUCUGAAGAUUCCUGCCCAGUACCACCGUGAGCUUAUCGGCCAGCGUGGCAACCAGGUCAACCGUCUUCAGGACCGUUACUCGGUUCGUGUGCAGUUCCCUCGCGCCACUGCCCCUGCCGAUGACCAGUCCGUUGGCGAUGCUGCUAGCGAUGCCGGUGCUGCCCGCCCUAGUCGCCCCCAGCAGGCUGCCGACGAGGUUCUGAUCAAGGGACCUAGCAAGGGUGCUGAUCAGGCUCGUGAUGAGAUUAUGAGUCUGCUCCAGUGGGUCGUUGACCACUCGCACUCCGCUACUAUCUCUGUCGCCCAGAGCCAGGUCGCUUCUCUGAUUGGCCAGCGUGGUCGUGAGAUGGACAAGCUUCGUGCGGACACUGGCGCUCAGAUUGAUGUCCCCAGCGCAAACGACGCCCCCGAUGCUUCGGGCCGUGUGCAGAUCCGUGUCAAGGGUACCAAGCAACAGGUUGCCGAGGCCAAGAAGGUCUUGCAGCAGCGUGCUUCCGAGUUUGAUGCAACCGUCACCAAGACGAUCGAUGUGGACAAGAAGUACCACAAGGCUCUCAUUGGUGGUGGCGGUGCCAACAUCCGCAAGAUCGUCGCCGACGCUGGUGGCCCCAACGAUGGCAGCGCUGCUCGCAUGGUCCGCUUCCCUCGUCCCGACAGCACCGAGUCUACCAUCCGCCUGGAAGGUAAUGGCAAGAUUGUGGACAACAUUGUCGCUGCCAUUGAACAGUUCGUCAAGGAGCGCGAGGACCAAGUUUCCGAGACUCUGGAUGUCCCCAACGCCCAGCACCGUAUGCUGAUCGGCCGUGGUGGUGAGACCCGCCGUGGCAUCGAGUCCAAGUUCAAUGUCACCCUGGAUAUCCCUAAGCAGGGCUCCGGCCGCACCGAUGUCAAGCUGAAGGGUCCCAGCACCGCCGUGGCCGAGGCCAAGGCGCACAUUCAGGGUAUGCUGAAGGAGCAGCACGCCGAGACCGUCGAGGUUCCCCGCAACCUGCACCACGCCGUGGCCGACAACGGCGCUAUCUUCCGCCGCCUGCGGAACGACUUCCAGGUCACCGUCGACCACGCUGGCCAGGCUGUCCCCGCGAACCCUGCCACCGAGGAGACUCGCAGCGGUGCCAAUGGCACCUCUCUGCCUCUGAUCACCGACGACCCUAGCACUGCUACGGAUGCCCAUUCGUGGAAGGUCGUCGAUACCAGCGCCGCCGGCGAUGCUGACGCUUCUCCCUUCCCCUGGGUCCUCACCGGCUCUCCGGAGAACGUUGCCAAGGCCCGUGCCGCCAUCGAAAAGGCCAUUGCCUCCUCCGGCCAGCAAUCUGCUACUGGCUAUCUGAUUCUGCCGGACCCCAAGACCUACCGCUUCGUGGUUGGUCAGGGUGGCAGCCAGAUCAACGCCAUCCGCAAGAAGACCGGGUGCCGUAUUAAUGUGCCCAAGAACCAGGCUCAGGGUGAGGCAAUCGAGAUCCGCGGCAGCGCCGCUAGCCUCGACGAGGCUCGGGACAUGAUCCUGGAGGCUGUCCAGAACGGCCUGAACGGCUCUGCUCGGUCAUAGACAAUUGAGCUUAUCGAUGCGUGACUGGUUGGACAAUCCACCCCGGUGUUCCCCCCCCCCCCCCACCCCCGUUGCGAACAUUUUCGUGUGGUUAAAUGAGCGAGAUUGAGGCUGGAGAGUCGACAGGACAUAUUUGCACCCGACAUAUACACCACCUCCUUUCAUCCCCCCUUUUCUUUUUCUUCUCGUCUCGAUUCCCCUCUGUGUAGUUGGGGAGGUCACGAGGCAUUCUUGUUUCUUUUCUCGAACUUGUCUUUUUGCACUUUUUGAUCACACUUGACCAUGGUAUCUAGUUUAUUUCCCUUUUUAAAAGAACGAUCAUCUUUUCUCAAAUAUUGAAUAUACAUUAUUCGUCUAAUCGAUGGAGGUUGCAGGGCUGUGUUUUGAUGUGUAUCGUUAAGUUGUUUUGAUCAAGCUUCAGCAGGCAUGUCUCUCUAUUAUUACGCAGCCUUCUAUCGGCAACUAGCAGGAUGGGUGCUCCCAGCGCCACAAGUCCUCUUUCGACCAACUUGUAUCAUCCUUGUUAUUUCAAAAUAGACGCAGACCAGCCUCGAUCCACCAUCUUUCCUUCACCCUUCAUUCCCGAUGUCCAUGCCGCCGAUCCAUCUGCACCCCCAACAUCAUAAACGCCCCAAAACUGCCCGCAGUCAUAAACACCGGCCCCCAAAACGCAGGCACAAAUUGCCCUAAAAGUAAAUACCGCCUCAUCGACCAAUACCGGAAGAACCCGUACCCUAAUGACCAUAGCCCGAGUAACUGGCACAGUCUAGAUGCAGAGAAAGAAUGUGACAGCAUCACGGCGCUAGACUUGCAAUCGCGGACGUUUACUAUUGUCCCCGGUGUAGAUUUGAUUGGCGACAGAUUCGCGUGUGCAGAGUGAGACACCGAUUCUAAUUCUUGGAGUUCCACUUGCGAAUGCGUCUGCGGUGAUAAUAUAGCCCCCAGGUUAAAUUUUGAGGAUAGCAUUUGAUCGAUUUUGUCGAGACGGUCUAGGGCGAGUGCCAUUGCGGCGAACCCGAGGCCCGCGCGGAUCCAUGAGAGGAAGGUGCGUUCGUUGGCGUGGUGGUCGCGUUGUUGGGAGCCUGUGUUGGGGAUGCGUGUGGGGAGGAGGCGUCGGAGGAGAGACGUCAUUUGGCACGGCAAGGGGUCCAAAGAGACUGUAUGGCUAGGAAAGAUUGGGAUACUUGAAGCUUCAUGAAGUUCAAGGUCAUCGAAUGUAAUGUGAUGGACUUGGGAAGAUCGGCGGUGCCACGCGUAGGGAAUUGCGCGGAUUGGGUCUGUUGAUGACC